AUGAGUGUGGAGGUCAAUCCGGCUGUGUCAAGCACCAUCAUAUCGCAGAUUGAAAGCCAGAAACUCAAGGGCAACGCACUGGUAGCGAAGGGCGAAUUCGGAAAAGCGCUGGAAGUGUAUGAGGAGUGCUUGAGUCAAAUCUGCCAUUGCCCGGGAAUUAAGUUGCCUCCAAGUGUGGAAUACAAGAGUCCCAAAGAACUCUUGACUUCGGCCCCGAGUGAGGAAGAGGUGGUGAUGCUAUUUCGCAAGACGGUGCCAGCGAUACUGAGUAAUUCUGCAUUAUGCAGUAUGAAGCUGGAGAACUUCGGAGAUGCCAUCACACAGUCGACUCAGGCGUUGGAUAUAAGUCAAAAUAGUUUUGUAAAAGCCUUCUUCCGACGCGGCAGUGCUUAUUUCAUGCUGAAUCAGUUUAAGCUAGCAGUAAACGACUUCAGACGAGUAACUCAGGCUCUCCCGCAUGACCAGGAUGCGCUGAUGAGACUGAAGGAGGCUCAGAAAAUGCUCCAGCAAGAACGUUUCGCAGCGGCUAUCGCCGCGGACAAGCCUACUCGACCAUCUGUAUCGGGCCCCACUUUGGAGUGGAAGAUUGACACGUCAUACAAAGGGCCGACAUAUACGAGAAAAAUGUUCGAGCCGGAAGAGGGGGAAGGGUUAAGUAGGCCGGAGGAGAAGUUGGCUUUCUUUGAGUCGGUGCUUAGUUUUAUGAGAGGUCAGGGUAUUCUGGAUCGCGCAGUAAUUAGGGACAUUAUACUAGACGCGACAAGUCAGAGCGAGCGUUUGCCGAACGUUGUGCCGAUAAAAGUACCGGCGGAAGGGUGUGUGAAGGUGUGUGGUGACGUCCACGGCCAGUUCUAUGAUCUAAUGACAAUUUUCGAAAAGUUUGGCUUACCAAACGCAACGAAUCGCUACGUGUUUAACGGUGACUUUGUCGACCGUGGUUCCUUCUCAUUAGAGGUGAUGCUUACAUUGUAUCUGGCUCGAUUGAUCUGGCCUACCGGAGUAUAUCUGACACGCGGCAACCACGAGAGCCGUGAAAUGACAAUGAUGUACGGGUUCGAAGGCGAAAUUCGUGCGAAAAGCUGCAGCAGCUUAUACGACUUAUUUUUAGAAUCAUUUGAGUAUUUGCCUCUGGCCCACUUGCUGGAGAAUAAGGCCUUCAUUGUCCAUGGUGGCUUGUCUACUCAGCCGGACGUAACCUUGGAACAGAUCGGUGCGAUCGAACGCGCCUACGCCCGACCACCGCCUUCACUAAUGGAAGACCUCCUGUGGGCUGACCCGCAGGACCGACCCGGCUCCUCCCCGAGCCGCCGUGGUGUCUCGAAGCUCUUCGGCCCUGAUGUUACCGAUAACUUCCUCACCACCAACAACCUCAAACUCGUCAUUCGGAGCCAUGAAAUGAAACUCUCGGGCUACGAAGCGACACACGGUGGCAAACUCGUCACAGUCUUCUCCGCCCCCAAUUACUGCGACCAAAUGGGCAACAAGGGUGCCGUCCUUUUCUUCACCCACAAGACCCUGACUCAGGAACCCAUGUACGAAGUCGAGUACUUCGAAGCCACCUCGAAUAAACCAGCCAUUCCCGCCAUGGCCUACGCCAACCGACUCGUGUCCGGUGGAAUGUAG